UAACGUCACACGGACUACAGGGGAGUUUUGUUGGAAGUUGCAAAGUCCUGGAGCCUCCAGAGGGCUGUCGGCGCUGUAGCAGCGAGCAGCAGAGUCCGCGCGCUCGGGCGAGGAGCAGAAGAGCUCGAGGGAGCGCAGGAGCUAGAGCCGAGCGCGCAGCGAGCCCCCGACCCGCCGCCAGCCCCAGGCCGCCCAGCAGAGCCCCAGCCAUGGCACACCAGCUCCUGUGCUGCGAGGUGGAGACCAUCCGCCGGGCAUACCCCGAUGCCAACCUUCUUAACGAUCGGGUGCUGCGAGCCAUGCUCAAGGCGGAGGAGACCUGCGCGCCCUCCGUGUCCUACUUCAAGUGUGUGCAGAAGGAGAUCCUGCCGUCCAUGCGGAAGAUUGUGGCCACCUGGAUGCUGGAGGUCUGCGAGGAGCAGAAGUGCGAGGAGGAGGUCUUCCCGUUGGCCAUGAACUACCUGGACCGCUUCCUGUCCCUGGAGCCGGUGAAAAAGAGCCGCCUGCAGCUGCUGGGGGCCACCUGCAUGUUCGUGGCCUCGAAGAUGAAAGAGACCAUCCCCCUGACGGCCGAGAAGUUGUGCAUCUACACUGACAACUCCAUCCGGCCCGACGAGCUGCUGCAAAUGGAGCUGCUGCUGGUGAACAAACUCAAGUGGAACUUGGCCGCCAUGACCCCGCACGAUUUCAUCGAACACUUCCUCUCCAAAAUGCCGGUGGCGGAGGACAACAAACAGAUCAUCCGCAAACACGCGCAGACCUUCGUUGCCCUCUGUGCCACAGACGUGAAGUUCAUUUCCAACCCGCCCUCCAUGGUGGCUGCUGGGAGCGUGGUGGCGGCAGUGCAAGGCCUGCACCUGGGAAGUUCUAACAGCUUCCUGUCUUAUCACCGCCUCACGCGGUUCCUCUCCAAAGUGAUUAAGUGUGACCCGGACUGCCUUCGGGCCUGCCAGGAGCAGAUCGAAGCCCUGCUGGAGUCGAGCCUGCGCCAGGCCCAGCAGCAGGACCUGGACCCCAAGGCCGCCGAGGAGGAGGAAGAGGAGGAGGAGCUGGACCUGGCCUGCACGCCCACCGACGUGCGGGAUGUGAACAUUUGAGGGUGUCCACGGCCGGCGAGGGAGGGGCCGGCCCGGGUGCCCCCGACAGGCAGCUCCUCUCCAGGACCGCUCACGGCCAGAACGGGCAGCCUCCUCCUGGCUGUCGGUUUUUUCCUUUGCUAUUUCCCCCUUCCAUCUCUGACUUAAGCAAAAGAAAAAAAAAGUACCCGAAAACUGUCUUUUAAAAAAAAGAGAGAAAAAAAAUAGUAUUUGCAUAACCCAGAGCUGGGGAGGGGAGGAGGGUUUUGCUACAAAAAUAGGAUUUUAUACCCCAUAAUCAACUAGUUUUUAUAUUAAUGUGUUUGUGUCUCUGUAUUGUAAGGCUAGGCAUUAACACAAAGAAAGUCUGCAGGGGAGGGAUAGAUUUGGUUCUUUACGUGUUUAAAGGAAAAAAAAAAGCAUAAAAACGUUCUAAAAAAUAGAAACCUUAAACCAUUUUUAACGUAGAAGGUUUUUAGGUAGAAAUACGUAUUCUUGUGCUUUUCCCACGGAGCAGAGCUUUAAGGCGGUUCUAGGCAUCCAGUAUCUCGCUUGCUCACGCAUGUAGUCACUUUAUAAGUCAUUUGUGCGUGUUUAUUUUAUUUCGUAGGUAGGCGUGUAACCUCUUCACCUUGUCAAUGGCUGAUGUAACCUGCCGGUUAGAGUAGCAUACAGUUCAUCGCCGAGUGCGAGUCCUUUCUGCCCGUGGACCGCCCCCCCGCCCCCGAGUGGGGUGUCGGGCGCCAGCCGGCGUGGCAGUAACGGGAAGCCAACUGUCCGACUCCUCGUGGAUGCUACUCGAAAGAACAGCCGCGAUAGCGACGUAACAGAUUCUAUUUUUUAUAAUCUUCAUAGUUUUGUAGUUAACCUGUUUAGGAGAUGCUGGGCGUUCACCCAACAGACCUGCAGCCUGCUCAUAUCCGGGUGAAAUCCACAGCUUUUUUUGUUUGUUUGUUUGUUUUCUCAAUAUUCUAAAACCGUUCCAUUUCAAAAGCACUUUCAGUCCAGUAGUUAUAGGAGAGAUCUCUCGUGUAUGUUGUGUGUGGAGAGGGGGGCAGUUUCUUAGUGGAAUGGUUUUGGAUAUUCACGUACUUGUGUGCAGGCAGGAGUGCAAGGACAGUGCAUGUCAGUGCGGUGUUAGCGAAAGGGGGUGUUUGGGAAAGGGACUCGGUUCCAGUCGAGAAAGAAGAAAAUGUGCAUUCUCGCAUUGCCAGGAUGACGUUCCUUUUUCCGUAGAGAAGCGGACGUGUAGGGACCCUUUGGUGCCAACUGGUGUUUGAAAGUAGGGGCCUUAAAGGUUUACCUAGAGGACGCCUAGUUUAAGGGUUAGGAAGGUUUUUAAACACUAAAAUAUAUAAUUUAUAGUUAAGGCUAAAAAGACUAUUUAUUGCAGAGGAUGUCUGUUAAGGCCAGUAUGAUUUAUAAAGUGAUGCAAUCUCCCCUUGAUUUAAACACACAUAACUUGCUGCCUAUUUGCAGGUUUCAAUGCAGUUUAUAAGAGUUAGGUCCUUUCAGAGGACAGGGGGGGAAAAAAUCCCCCGGAAAAAACCAAGACUUCGAUUCGGCCUGUUGGGCAUAUCCCAAAGUGAAUCCAAUCAGACAGGCAUCUGAGUUGCAGGAAAAUUAGGGUGCUCGAGUCAAGUUCAGUUCUAGUACGUUCUUUCCCUGCCCCUUUUUAAAGCAAUGUUAGCAACCCAUAGACAAUUUGCACAUCUUGGCUGUGUACCUUUUUGUAAUUAUUAUGUAGGGAGUGUGGAAGGGAGGUGGCCAGAGCGCCCAGGCUGACGCUGGGAGAGGAUGUGAGGGAGGAAGUGUGCGGAGGGAGGCUGGUGGGGACCACGGAGGGGCAGGCUGCCGCCCCGCUUUCUGAUUCGCUGCUACCGAUCCAGGACUUCCCAGCACGGUCUGGAAACAGAUUCACAGCGCUUCUCUGUAUCUUUCACAAUGUUUUGCUGCUAUUGGAGGAUCAGUUUUUGUUUGUUUGUUUUACAGUGUCAUAUACUGCCAUGUUCUCGUUUUUAAUUUUCUCAUAGAAAAAAAAUGUAUUACGGAUGCCUUUUUUUUUUUGUAGGUUUUUUUUUUGUUAUGUGAUCAGUUUUGACUUAAUGUGAUUACUGCUCUAUUCCAAAAAGGUUGCUGUUCCGUGAUACCUCAGGCUUCACUUAGCCAUGUGGAGACCAGGCAGUCGGGCUCUGUCUGGCCCACGGCCUCCUGCUUCGGCAAACAGACACGCGGACGAGAUCCCCAGAGGGGCCCGGCGGGGAUGGACCCCGGGCCGUGGGAGGCGGCCGUCCCGGCAUCUCUGAGGCCCGCCGUGUCCGUUUCCUUUCCCUGCGCCUGUUAAUGCUGGAUUCCACCCGACCCGGCAUUUGCCAUCCUAGUCGUUUUACAGCUGUAUUGUUCUUUGCGUGUAGCUAUGAAAGUUGCAUUAUUAUUAUUAUUAUUAUUAUUAUUAUUGUAACAAGUAUGUCUUAUCGUGCCCCUGUGGUCACUCGGGAUAAGGGAACAGCGUCUGGAGCCGUCCGAGUUUCGGAUUAUGUACUAGCGCUACAGGCUGUUGUGCUCGUGACGGCACGAUGCUAAUUUAAAGCCGCUCCAGAUGUCGCUGAAGCCCGCGAACAGUGCCUGUGCCCGAGUCGCCUCGCAUGCUGCCGAACCAAAAGGAUGUGCACCCCUGGGGGCCCCGGUGGGGUCAAGCCCGCAUGCUCCCGGGACCCGCCCCGCCCUGCGGGAACAUGGCUUCCGCUUACCUCAACCAUUCUGGCUGUGGCGUCUGAACCAAACCGGGUCCUGGAGGGGCUGUCCUAGUGGGGAGUGAACACGGUGUGCUGAAAGGCCAGAGGCGGGUCCCAGGGAACACGGCAGAUCUGUGAGGGUCUCUGGCAGGUGGGCACUUGGGGUCUGGGUGUGUUGGUUGCACACCGUGGCAUUUCCCAGCACAGACAUGUAACCGGCACGUUUCCAGCAGGAAAAAUACAAACGUGAAAAAUCUAGUAAUAAAAUUGGUAAAACCCCA